AAAUACAAAGGAUUUCUCACGCCUCACAGGCCCUGAGAGCUCAAACUCAUUUUUCUGCUACGUCUGAGGGCUCAAAACUCCUCCAAUUUGUAUAUAAUUGUCCAGUCCUCUCUGAAAUUCUUUCUGCAUUUCAUUAGAAGAGGAGGAGGAGGAGGAGGAGGAGGAGAACAAGGAGUUAUAGGGAGGCAUCAUGGGUACUCAAGCUCCGAUCUCGACUACCGAUCAUCAGAACUACGACCGCCAGACAAGCAUUGGGGAGAAGUUGGCCAAACAAAAGGCAAUAGAUGAUUGGCUACCAAUAACAUCGGCGAGGAAUGCCAAGUGGUGGUACUCAGCCUUCCACAAUGUCACGGCCAUGGUUGGAGCUGGUGUUCUUGGACUCCCAUACGCCAUGGCUGAGCUUGGAUGGGGGCCCGGCGUGGCCAUACUGGUGCUGUCAUGGGUCAUCACCUUAUACACACUGUGGCAGAUGGUGGAGAUGCACGAAAUGGUUCCAGGGAAGAGGUUCGACCGCUACCAUGAGCUCGGGCAGUAUGCUUUUGGAGAGAAGCUUGGGCUCUACAUCGUGGUCCCACAGCAGCUGAUCGUCGAGGUAGGGGUCAAUAUCGUAUACAUGGUGACGGGUGGGAAAUCGCUGCAGAAGUUUCAUGACACGGUGUGCUCGAACUGCAAGGACAUCAAGACCACCUACUUCAUCAUGAUCUUCGCCUCUGCGCACUUUGUCCUCUCCCACCUCCCCAACUUCAACGCCAUCUCUGGUGUCUCUCUUGCUGCUGCUGUAAUGUCCCUAAGCUACUCGACCAUUGCAUGGGGAGCUUCAGUCCACAAGGGAGUGCAGCCUGACGUUCAAUACGGGUAUAAGUCCAAGACCACAGCAGGAAAUGUCUUCAACUUCUUCAGUGCUCUGGGAGAUGUGGCCUUUGCCUAUGCUGGACACAACGUGGUGUUGGAGAUCCAAGCAACUAUUCCUUCCACGCCCGAGAAGCCAUCCAAAGGGCCAAUGUGGAGAGGAGUGGUCGUAGCCUACAUCAUCGUGGCCCUCUGUUAUUUUCCUGUUGCCCUGAUUGGGUACUGGAUGUUCGGAAACGCAGUCCAAGACAACAUUCUCCUCUCUUUGGAGAAGCCUGCCUGGCUCAUUGCCAUGGCCAACAUGUUUGUUGUUGUCCACGUCAUUGGUAGCUACCAGAUUUAUGCUAUGCCAGUGUUUGACAUGCUAGAGACUCUACUGGUGAAGAAACUGCAUUUCAAGCCCACCUGGAUGCUUCGUUUCAUAACCCGUAACAUUUAUGUGGCAUUCACAAUGUUCGUUGCAAUCACAUUCCCAUUCUUUGGCGGCCUUCUCUCAUUUUUCGGUGGAUUCGCUUUCGCCCCAACUACAUACUUUCUUCCCUGCAUAAUGUGGCUUGCAAUCUACAAACCAAGGAAGUUCAGCUUAUCAUGGUGGACAAAUUGGAUAUGCAUCGUCGCAGGCAUUUUCCUAAUGGUCCUAUCACCAAUUGGAGGAUUGAGGCAAAUCAUUAUUCAAGCGAAGGACUAUGAGUUCUAUUCUUAGAUAUAUAUAUUGCCAGGAAUGCUCUGAAAAGGAAAGCAGGUUGCAAAUAGGAAACUUCAAGAUAAGAAGUAAAGCAAAACAAUUAGAAAAUCCCUGGAACCCCCAUUGGUUAUUUAAGGAGUACUUUACUCAAGUUUUGUUUUUUUAGAGAUAUUAUGAUGUGUGCAUAUGAUGAUUUUCUUGUCUAGUUUGUCUCAUUCAAAGUGAAUGCAACGUGAGUUUCAUUCGUAGAAUUAUUGAAGGCCUCUUGGCCUUCGAUCCCUCUGUAUCUCACUGCUUAAAAAAAGCAUCAUCUGAGGGUUUUUUGCCAAUCCGAAAUAUAUGCCUUGUUAUUUGUAAUUA